AUGUCCAACAGUUCCAAAACACUAGUAAAGUUAUCAGCGCAAGGUAUUCGACAAGGGUUAGAUAGAAUCAACCUCAAAGGGGUACCCCAUUGGCAAUUGAUUACCAAGAAAAACUCUGAACAACAAGCAUUGCAGGUUCAUUAUCAAUUAAAAACAUUCAAAACUACAUGGAAGUUUCUAAAUUUGGUAGCAGACCAUGCCAAUAGACUUAGACAUCAUCCUACUAUAACUACUACCUAUAAUAAAGUUGAUAUCGAGAUUACAACUCAUGAUAUUGGAAAUUAUAUAUCGGACAAGGAUUUAUUGCUUGCUGAAGCAAUUCAUACAGAAUAUCUACAAUUAACACAUAAUCAAUAA